UUUGUCAUGUCCUCAUUUGUCCAGGCACUUGGCUUAGACAAAAAUUUACAUAGUAUGCUGGGUUUUUCCAACCAAUAUUUGUCGAAAUAUACCAACACAAGGAGCAAACGCAUUACUAUCGUUGUUGCCAUUGCUCUCUUCCUCGUUUGCCGAAAGCUCUACCAUAUGACCACUCCUCCCAAGAAUCUUCGACAUAUUCCUCAUAUCAAGGCCUUAGACUCUAUCAAGUCUCUUGUAAUCAACAAGCUCUCCACUAGCGACAAUUUCAAGCAGUUCAACUCGUCCUUAAUCCGUGAUCACAAUGGUAUUUAUAUUCGAUGGGAUAGGUUCGGUUGGGUGGUAUCCGUUGCCAAUCCUGAAGCAGCGAAACAAGUUUUUAUGAAGUCAGAUAUUUUCCCUAAAGUGGAUGUAACAAGAAUUAGGGGCACUCUCAAUAGUCGAUUUGUUGGAGCCUCCAAUAUUUUACUAGUCAAUGGUCAAGAGUGGAAGAAGCAUCGAAAGCUUGCCAACCCUGCUUUCCAUAGAUCUAUGCCUGUGAAACUUUUUGGUGAAGCCGCUCAUAAUCUUUUUACUUAUUUGAACAAGGAAUAUCCCAGUGAUAGCUUCUCAGUGGAUUUUGGAUAUCUUAUGGAAUGCCUAACAUUGGAUAUCAUUGGUUUAGCAGGAUUUGACUUUAGCUUCAAUGCCGUUACCGACAAGAAUAGUGAAUGGAAAAAAGUAUAUGAUGAUGUUACUCGCAAUCUUCGUGAUCCUCUAUACACACUUUUCCCUUUUUUGGAUCAAAAGUUAUUAUGGUUUCUCCCGAAGCGUCAACAAGCUCACAAGACAUUGGAUAAGUUUUUGGGUAUGCUCAAUGGAAUCGUGGAACACAAGCGACAAGUACUCAAGAAUAAUAUUGACAAUAACGUGGAAGAAGCUGAAAAGGAUUUAUUAACUCUGAUGAUUGAAAGUGAACUUCGUGGUGAAGGUGUUCUGACCAACGAUGAACUUAUGGGUGAUUUGGGUAUUUUCUUUGUUGCUGGUCAUGAUACUACUGCUUUUGCAUUAACAGCUGCUGUUUAUUACUUGGCCAAACAUCCUGAUAUCCAAGAAAAGGCUCGUCAAGAAGUCAAUAACGUUCUUUGCCCUGAUGGUGAACCCAAAGAGGAUAUUUUGGUGACCGCCGAACAAACCAAGGAAUUUGUGUAUCUGAACCAAAUUAUCAAGGAAGUCUUGCGUCUAAAUGGAUCUGUUGUUACUCUUGUUACUCCUAGACGAGCAACGGAAGAUGUUAUUAUCUCUGGUGUGAUGAUACCCAAGAAUACGCUGGUCAACGUCAAUAUAUACGAUUUACAUCACAAUCCUGAUGUGUGGACUAAUCCGGAAAUGUUCAAUCCUGAUCGUUUUGCUCCUGGUGCUGAAGCAGAUCAAAAGAUUGGUGCUGGAUUAUCAUGGGUUCCUUUCGCAAAUGGAUCAAGAGUUUGCAUUGGUCAAAACUUCAGUCUUAUGGAACAACGUGUGAUUCUGGCUGGUUUACUAAGAAGGUACACCUGGAAUCUCCCAAGCAACUCACCUCAUGCUGACAAAAUCAUCACUGGCAACAGUCAUAUCAUGAGCGCAAAGAAACUCAAUAUCGAAUUCCAUAAACGAUUCUGAAGAUUGGAUAUCUCUUCUUUGCACUCAGUACUCAUAUAUCCAUUUAUACAUACACAUAUGACCACCCCGUAUAUCAUCUAGUUUUUUAUAUCUGUACAAUUUCAGUCGUAUAUUUUAUUACCUUUAUUUGUUCAUUUAUUCUUUUUUUUUUUAUAUGCCAAAUAAACGCUUUUCGAAGUCUUCUAACGCUUUUCGAAGUCUUCUGUUUGGAUGGA